AUGGCGCUGUCCGCCCGCGUUGCGCAUCUCCUCCGCAAGGCUGUUCGCAUCUCGGAGUAUCGCGAACUGUUGAUGUCGCAGCACCCGAGGGUAGCAGCCUCGAAAGCAGCCUCGAAAGCAGCCUCGAAAGCAUACGAAAUCCUCGCAGGAUUCCCCGAUCAGAGAAAGGCCUACAAGAUGUCACUGAUCUGGAGAGCUUGGCAGCAGUCAUCGCCCCUGCUCAAGCUCCCUGCCGAGAUUCGCAACACAAUCUACUCGUUGGUCCUCGUCGAACCGGAAGGUACAUUGGCGGUCACUUCAACUCUGAAACAUCUGGGCUUGUUGAACCAAAACCAAUUCCUCAUCACUAUCAUCGACUUCGGCGCUUCCUUGUGGGACAAGUGGUACAGACAUCAAAGGUGGUUGGAAGCAAAUCUACACGUGCCUCAGAACACCUUCGCCCUCUACGCCAUCUGCGACGGACUCGCGGGUUGGAAGAAUCUGAGGCUGUGGCGGUGGUACCGAUUUCACGACAAGUGCAAGUUUGAGCCAGGACAGAUGCCGACCUUCGUCCGAGCCCAUCUUUGGGACGAGGCGUGCACGGCGUUCUUUCGAACAGCGCACACGCUGCUCAACCAUUUCUUGGACAAGGAGUGGCGUGAGUUCGAGGCAUGGUGUAUCAGGUACGAGACAUUGCGCUUCUGUGCGAUGACCACUGGAAGUGACAAAUAA